AUGGCUAUAUGUAAAUUCUUUCAGCAGGGCAACUGCAAGUUCGGCAACGGCUGCCGAUUUGAACAUGUAACUUCUAACAAUCGAAACCAACCCUCAAACCGAUUUGGAGCUUUGGGUGGUGGAGGGAGCAACCAGAACCUAGCCGAAAAAUACAAUGUCACCGUCGACACAAUCGAACGAGAUCUGGUCAACGAGGUGCCGCACUGGAUCCUUUCAGCGUAUGCGCCUGGACGAGAUGCUCCUCAGCAGCUCUUUGGCGGAUUUCCGCGCGAACAGAGCUUUGAGGAGCUGCGACUACACUAUAUGAUGGGCAAGGCUACGGGAAACGAGCAACAAGCUUUGAACGAAGCGCAAGAGCUGUACACCAACGCGCAGGCACAAAUCCAGACCGCCCUUCGCGACUCCAAGGGAGCUGUAAACUUCAUCGUCGACGAGAGCCAGCACCCGAACCGACAAGAUAUCUGUAGAGAAGGAACGCAGGGAGCUCCUUUCGGAGAGUUCCUUGUCGGAAAGAGGCCUAAAUCUACUAUCGCCGAUACUGGAUCGCAGUCCAACCCUUUCGGAUCCAACAACAACACCUCCUCUCCCUUUGGAGGCGGCGCACCAGCAGGUGGGAAUGCCUUCGGACAGCCUUCGACCUUAGGCGCAAAACCAAGCGCGUUCGGAGCGCCAUCAUUUGGGCAACCGGCUCAGCCUGCACAAAGCGGUACAGCCUUUGGCCAGCCAUCGCAGCCUUCGGCUUUCGGACAACCAUCGCAGCUAGGACAAACCGCUCCAGCAUUCGGACAACCUUCUCAGCCAUCGGCUUUUGGGCAGCCAUCACAGCAACCUUCAGCUUUUGGACAACCAUCGGCAUUGGGUGCAAAGCCCAGUGCAUUUGGCACACCGGCAUUUGGCCAGCCAUCACAACCGAAUGCUCAAGGCAAUGUAUUCGGUCAACCUUCGCAGCCAAAUGCACAAGGUAACGCCUUUGGUCAACCUUCACAGCCAAAUGCGCAAGGCAACGCUUUUGGCCAAACCGGCCAGCUUGGCCAGAAACCGAACCCCUUUGGAGCACCGAGCGGAACGAACAACAACUCAAGUCCCUUCGGAGCUGCUGCAAGCACCAACAACGCUCCGGCAGCGAAUCCUUUUGGGGCCCCGAGCGGUGCUAAUCCGUUCGGUUCCAACAACAGUACCCAGAACAAUGCUGGGGCAAAUCCAUUCGGACAGCCUUCGCAGCCUGCACAACAACCUGCCCAAGGAAAUUCGCCUUUUGGCCAACCGUCAAACGCAGCCGCUCCAGCAGCAUCCAACCCAUUCGGCGCCUCCAACGCAGCACCGACCCCAGCCGCAAAUAACCCCUUUGGCCAGCCUUCGCAGCCGCAGUCUAAUGGCUUUGCAUCACAGAACAAUCAACAGCAGACAAACAAUCCAUUUGGGCAACCUUCACAACCUUCACAGCAAGCAAAUCCCUUUGGUCAACCUUCUAAUGCUACACCCGCCGCUGCCAAUCCUUUUGCCGCAGGACAGCCACAGCAAUCAGCUGCAGCAGCUUCAGGAAGCCCAUACCCACCAAACAGCAGUAGACAGCAUCCUCCCGUUGAAAGCUACAGCUCCAAGGGAAUGGAUGGUCGACUAUCUAUAUUCAAGGGCAAAUCAGUCAUUUACAAGGACGGCAAGCCUGGAAUACAAGAAUUUGACGGAACUUGGCGACGAAUUUGGUUCCCAGACGGCCCACCGGGAUAUUCUGCGGACACUGAGCUACCACCUGAGAAAUACGACGACAAGUCCAAAGCUCAAUGGAUGUCAUUUGCCCAGACGGGUAACUUUGAAGGUGGCCUGAUGCCUGAGCUACCGCCGCCGCGAGAAUGUACAGUAUGGGAUUUCUAA